AUGGAAGUGCUCAACGCGUCCAGACCGGAUGUGAUUGGCAAGCUGCCGCAGCUGCAGAACAUGGUGAAACGCGACCCGAUAGGCUAUCGCACUGAGUUUCAAAUGCAGCAGCGCCAUUUCGAGAGCGAGUAUCAGCUAUUUCUACUACAGCCCACAAAGGAGUCGGCGCAUUUUGGAGCGCUGGUUAGUUUCCUGAGUCAUGUGGCAAAGUGCUACCCGGUGGAGAUGGUGGCCUUCCCUGAUCAAAUCAUGGGACUGCUACGUGACAAUUAUCUGGUGCUGGAACCAGAGCUUCGCAAGACGCUGGUGCAGAGUCUCAUGCUUUUGCGCAACCGUGGCCUUGUGGACGCUAUCACGUUGCUCAAGCUAUUCUUUGAGUUGUUUCGCUGCCCAGAUAAGAGGCUGCGUGAGCUUUUGUACAAGCACAUUGUGUCGGACAUUCGCCAGUUGAACGCCACAUCGCGCAAUUUAAAAGUAAAUAAGGCUCUGCAAAACUUUCUGUUUGAGAUGCUUCAGGACGAAAGUGAGCACGCUGCCAUUAAGUCACUGCAGGUGCUGAUGGAGCUGUUCAAGCGCAAGAUCUGGCACGAUCAACGUAGCGUGAAUGUGAUCGCCACGGCGUGCACAAGCAAGAACACGAAACUUCUGGUGAUGUCGCUGAGUUUCUUUUUGGGAAUUGACGAUGAUAUUCUGGAGGAUGAGGAACAGCAAAAGAAAGAGAAAAAAGCUCUUGUAGCAGUUGAUUUUCACGCGUACUCGAAGAAAACGAAGAAGCGUCAGCGUGAUACUUUGCAAGCACUUUACAAAAACAAGAGGGCACGCAAACGUGCAAUCGACUUUGUGGCUACGUUCCCUGCAAUAGAGUUGCUAAAUGAUCCACAGGGCGUCGUUGAACGCCAGCUGAAGCUACUUAGGAGCUGCACGGAACGCUUUGAAGUGAAGCUGCUGAUGAUGAAUUUUAUUGGCCGUGUUCUGGGCUUUCACAAACUUGUGGUGCUUCCUUUCUACCCACUUUUGCAGCGCUAUCUGCAGUCUCAUCAGCAGAAUGUGACUGCUAUCCUAGCAUACCUGGUGCAAUCUUGCCACGACGAAAUUCCGCCCGAGGAACUUCUGCCAGUUGUCAAGAGUAUUGCGCACAACUUUGUCACCGAACGCUGCUCGUCCGAAGUCAUAGCCGUCGGCAUCAAUUCUUUGCGUGAGCUUUUUCGUCGUAUUCCGUUGUUGCUGGAAUGCGACGGGAUGGACGUGCUAGUGAGCGAUUUGAUUCAGUACAACCGCGCGCGCGACAAAACUAUUGUCAUGGCAGCUCGUGGAGUGCUUAAUCUUAUUCGGGAUAUACAUCCCGUUCUACUUAAGCGCAAGAACCGCGGCAAGUAUCACAACGAUGCAGUUAAGCCUCACCGCUUCGGUGAACUUGUAGCAAGCGAAGGCGUAGACGGUGCGGAUUUGUUGGCGGAAGCCGAAGCUGCUGGACGCUUUGACGGCGAAGACAACAAGGAUGGAUGGGAGGUUGCUUCAUCUACAUCGGACGAAGACGGGUCUGAAGAUGAGUGGGUGGACGUUUCGUCUGAUGAGGAAGACAACACGCGUGGAAGUGAAGUGGAGAGUAAGAAGAAGGAUGUUGACACGGAAAAAACUGAGGAGGUAUUGGCAGUUUCGCAAACGGAUCGCUUAGACGCUCGUCGAAUCCUGACUCCCCUCGAUUUUGAACGCAUCGAGAUGUUGAAAAAAGAGCGCGAUGCGGCUUUGAAGGACCCGAAGUCGCGUAGCAAGCGCAAGGCAGAGGAAGAUGCUGCCAAGGCAAGCUCAAAUGCUACAAAAGUUAACCCGACCGAUCUUGAAGGUUACUCGAAGAAGAAGCGUUUGACGCAGGAGGAACGACUUCGAGCUGUCCUCGAAGGUCGCGAAGACUACAAGCACAAGCGUUCAGGUGGUGGAACUACAAACACGGAAAAGAAACGCCUGAAGCACUUUAUGAUGAUCAAAAAGAGCAAGUCUGUGCAAUCGAAGGUUCUCGUUUCGGCUCGCCAAGUGCAGUCCCAGAAGAACCGUGUUGUAAAGAAGAUACUUAAGCACGAUGCGAAGAAGCGUCGCAAGAUUUAG